AUGUCUUGUUAUGCUAAAAACCCUUAAAAUAAAUAUGUUCCAUUAGGUGAUGCUAAUAGAAGAAUGUAGACUGAAGCAGGAGAUGGAGAUGAACUAGAAGUAUAGUAAGGAGUUCUGAAAUGCAGAAAUGUUUAAGACAAAUAAAAGACUCCAUUAAGAAAUCAAAAAUGGUAAAGUAAAUCACCAAUACUCAAUGGCCAUGUUCCAAUUGAUUACUCUCUUUAUACUUAUACAAACCUAUAAGUAAUUGGCUAAGGAUCUUUUGGAGUUGUGUACAAAGCAAAAGCAAAUGAAACUGGUGAAAUAGUGGCAGUAAAAAAAGUAAUCUAAGACAAAAGAUAUAAAAAUAGAGAGAUUCAAAUAAUGCAAGAAUUAAAUCAUCCUAAUAUUGUUGAAACUAAACAUGCAUAUUUCUCAUAUGGUGAUUCCUCAGAUGAGUAGUAUUUGAAUGUCAUAAUGGAUUAUCAACCUGAAACAAUACAUUCCUAUAAUACUAAGUUCCUUAAAUAAUAACAAUUGAUUCCAUAGAUAUAAGCUAAACUCUACUCUUAUCAAUUACUUCGUGGACUAGCUUAUGUGCAUACCAAGGGAGUCUGUCAUCGAGAUAUCAAACCUGAUAAUGUAUUGAUAAACCCUGAGUCUAACAUACUUAAAUUGUGUGAUUUUGGAAGUGCCAAAAAAUUAAGUUCAAUGGAAUAAAAUAUCUCUUAUAUUUGUUCAAGAAGUUAUAGAGCUCCUGAAUUAUUAUUUGGAGCCACCAAUUAUAGCUCUCAAGUAGACAUGUGGUCUGUUGGUUGCAUAAUAGCAGAAAUGUUUAAUGGAUUACCGUUAUUUCUAGGAACAUCAGCUGUUGAUUAAUUGGUUGAAAUUAUUAAGGUUCUUGGAUCUCCAAGUAGGGAGGAGGUUAUAUCAAUGAAUAAAGAAUAUGAUAUCAAAUAGUAUAAUAUAGUUCAAAUCAGAAAGAAAGAUUGGGCAAAUGUGUUUGUUAAUGAAAUUGAUCCUCUUGCAGUUGAUUUAGUAAGUAAAAUUUUAACAUAUUGUCCUAAAACAAGAUUAUCAGCAAUCUAAGCAUUGUCACAUAGUUAUUUUGAUGACUUCAGAGAUGAGAACAUGUUUAAAAUUUAUGAGAAAAACAUCAAAAUUCCUAAUUUAUUUGAUUUUACAAAGGAAGAGCUGUAAAGUAAUUAAUAAUUGGUUAAUAAAUUAAUUCCCAGAUGGUAUGAUAAAAGAAACAAACAAUGA